UCUAUAUAAACCUCUCGUAUUCUAAAUCAGAUCUAACCAAAAGAAACACUAAGCACUGAGCACUUUGAAAGGAAAUAUAUAGCAAAAAUGAAGCAAUCUCUUAUUCUUUCCAUAUUAAUACUACUAUCAUCAUCAUUUGCACAAAUCCAUGCCCGCAACAAAUCACAUCCGGCAAACCCUCCCUCACCGGUAGCAACUCCAGCACCUGGACCAUCAAAUUCUGAUUGCUCGAGCGUUAUAUUUGACAUGAUGGAUUGUCUCUCGUAUCUUACCCCUGGAUCAAAUGAUACUACGCCCACGAAAGUGUGUUGUGGGGGAAUCCUAUCUGUUCUACAAUAUAAUCCUAAGUGUGUUUGUAUCGGCUUAGCGAGUAGCAAAGAUAUGGGUAUUGCACUGAAUAACACAAGAGCUCUUGCCAUGCCUACGAUUUGCAAGCUCCCCAUUGCUGCUCCUCAUUGUGCUAUACUGGACGCGUCGAGGCCGAGUGCAUCUACUCCUGUUUCUCCAUCGGCUGUAACACCUAUGACUCCACAGUCUUCCGCCCAGUCACCCACAUUUUCACCAUCUUUGCCUGAGUCGCCGGGCAUCACUGCACCAUCUCCAUCAAGUUCUGGCACCAACCACCUAUCAGUUUCAAAAUUUACCUUCGUUGCCGUUGUAGUUUCUUAUAUAACUUACAUUUCGGCUUUUUCUAAUUAAUUACAACUUUCUCAAGUUUUCAUAUAUUUCUUCUACUGAAUUGAACAUUUAUGUUUGUGAUUUCAAGAACGAUGCUGUUUUAAUUUGAUGUUCUUUUUUAAUCAUAUUGAAUUUUUUUUAUG